CAUAAAUAUAAAUAUAGUUGAAACCAAAUAAAUAAACUACCUACUAACUACAAUAAAGUGAAAUCUGAAUUCAAACAGCGUAAAAAUUGAUCAUGAUUGAGCCAGAAUUAUUCAAAUUUAAUCCACCCUUGAAUAGGCACAGUUACUUGAAGAAACAAUGGGAUAAACAGUUUGCUGACAUUGAAAAAUAUGAACUAACACAUUCUAUCUCUGUUCUAUUAACUGACACUAUUAACAUUCCGAAAGAUCUUGAAACCGUAUUUUCAAAUAACAGCCAGUAUUAUUUUGUACAAAACGUUACAUUAGGUUCAAUCAUCGAUCCAGUGUUUAUUCAAUCCUUUGUUAAAAAUGGUAAUGUGGAAGCUAUUUCAUUAAACACUCGUAUUGGACUUGAUGAUUGUAUUUCAAUUACAAACGAUAAUUUUUUACAUAUGUCCUUAACGAAAAAUUCCUACCAAAGUAUUUGUUUACCAGUUAAUGAUUCUAAAAUAGUUCUCAACCUCAAGGACUUAUCAGUGAAUAGUAAACAUUAUCAACGCAUUAAAGAUUGUUUUGAUGCUAGUCAGACUAAAUUUGAUAUUCUUAUCGAUUGGGAACCUCAUAGUGGUGAUGUUUGUCCUUCAUCAAUAGCGUCUUAUUUUCACGAUAAAGGAAUGAUUGUUAAAGAAUGUUUUCCUCGGUCGACAGUUAAAAGGAAAUACAAUAUGACUGUACCAAAUGGCAAAGACACUACCUUACUCGAUACUUGGUUAUCAUAUUAUAGUUUAGACAUAAAGAUAGAUGACGAUAAUUCAGCCUGUAUACUACCAGAUGGAAAACUCAUAAAAUCAAAUUCAAAUUAUGUUAGCCAAAUAAUUCAAAUAAAUUGGACAGGGUGUUUUACUAAAAGCAAAGUAAAAUCAUUGUUAAAUACUUUGAGGAAUUUUAUGAAAAAUUCAGGCAAGUCUUUAUGGAUAUCGGUGCACAUGGAGCCUUUCUCAAAUACUCCGUACAACUGUAGUCAUCGAACUAUUAUAUUAAAUCCUGACGAUACAUUAUUUAUUUCUAAUUGUUCUAGAUGUAAAAACUAUUAAGAAUAUAUUUAUUUGACUGCAACAA